GCGGGUGGUGGGACCGAGGUGCUGUUAUGGCGGACCCCGGGGUUCCCGGCCGGUACGAAAGUGGUACGGGAAAUCUGGGGGUGAAGGAGGCGGCGGGUCCUGGAGGAGCCCUGGUGGAGCUCACCCCGACCCCCGGCGGCCUGGCUCUGGUGAGCCCCUACCACACCCACCGGGUCGGGGACCCCUUAGACCUCGUGGCGCUCGCCGAGCAGGUGCAGAAGGCUGAUGAAUUCAUCCGAGCAAAUGCUACUAACAAGCUGACAGUCAUUGCUGAGCAAAUCCAGCAUUUGCAGGAACAAGCCAGGAAGGUGCUGGAGGAUGCUCGCCGAGAUGCUGACUUGCACCAUGCGGCUUGUAAUAUGGUGAAAAAACCUGGCAACAUUUACUAUCUUUACCAGCGGGAAAGCGGCCAGCAGUACUUCUCCAUUAUUUCUCCAGAGGAAUGGGGAACAGGCUGUCCCCAUGACUUCCUUGGUGCCUACAAGCUGCAACAUGACAUGUCGUGGACUCCAUAUGAAGACGUGGAGAAGCAAGAUGCUAAAAUCGGCAUGAUGGACAAGCUGCUGAGCCAGCCCAUGGCCUUGCCCCCAUGCACUGAACCCACCUUCCAGGGACUGCCUCACUGAGUAUGGCUCUGACUAGCAGCCCUCAUGACCAAGGCCUGAGUGCUACCCACCUCCUGCCACAUUCUUUCCCUGGGAGUGGGGGGUGAGGGGGGACUAUGGGUUUUUGGGUGAAUUAUGAACUACUUGGACGAUGAUCUUGAUGAUGUAGCUGCUGGUUUUGCUCUCAGUUUGAUGGUAAGGAGUCACAGAACUGUGGGAUCUUCUGGGGUCCACUGAUGCCCAGUCAGUUGGUUCCCAAGGAUCGGCCAGUGCUUUCCUUCAUCUUUAAGUCAAAACCUUGGAGGAGGACGAGCCUUCUUCCUAGCAAGGUGGUGAGUCGUUCUCCAAUCGGAACCAUUUGUCUUUCUUUGUGUCUUCAUGGGUACUGCCACGCUGAUUUCAGGCUGACCUAGGAACUGCAGUGUUGCCUAAGAGGGAUUGAAAAAACAGCAAACGAAACCUUGGCCUGGCUAGGUGACGACGGCGGCCUGGUUUGCCCUUCUGCCCUUCCAUCCUGGUGACACUGCCUGGAGACUGAAGCAGCAGCCCAGCAGGCCAGGUUUGGGAAGUCAUCCUCAACCCUGCAGAAGAUUAGACUUGGAAGAGGUUUACAAGUUCACCCCUGCUGUUUUAUGUGUCCAUCCUAAAGCCGCCUUCUUAGGGACAGCCUGAACUCAGCACCACCACAGGACAGACCCAUCAGUGUGGACGAGCUGGAGAGAGGGUCAGUAGUCCCAGGUGCUUGCUGCCCUGCUGGGGGACCCGAGUUCCAUUCCUAACUCCCACGUCAGGCCGCUCAUAACCACCUGUACUUCCAGCUCCAGGAGACCUCACACACUCUUCUGACUCCAUUAGCCAUACACACACGGCACACCCCACCCCAGAUAUACAUAUACAUACAUUUAAAAAUAAAUCUUCUCAAAGAGAGAUAGUAUGGAAGAAUAGGGCAGUGAGGACACAACACGAGAAGAACGACUGGCCUGUCCUCAGGUUCAGAGUUGUCUGGGAUUAUUUAUUUAUGGGGCCUCUAUAGCUCAGGUUAGCCUGAAACUGACUGGCAGCGGCUGGCUUUAAUGUGAUGAUCCUGCCUCAGCCUCCCUAGUGGUGAUUUAUAGGCAUGAGCCAUCACACGUAGCAGGUUAGCUCAUUUAUGGCUUACUGGAUAAAUCAUGAACUGAAUAGACGGGUGUAGCUCAAUGAUGGUGUGUUUACACAGUAUUCAUGAGGCUCUGAUUCCAUCUCCAGUGCCGCAGACAAGCAGAGGUACUGAAUGGGACUUGCUUAGCUCAAGCCACCGUGACUGACUGGGCUUUUUGAACUUGACCUCAUUUCCUAGUUAGCUAAGUUAGUUCAAAGUCACAGCCUCAGUGCCAUGUAGUUUAUUGAACUUGAGGUGUUUGAGCCCACAAGCCCAAGUUUGGGUAUAGACUGUCCUGGUGUUCAUGGCUUCACUUACGAGCUAGAAACAUCCAUGCCUAGCACAAGAACUGAGAUCUAACAAGGGACGUGCAGAAACCGCCCUCCCUGGAAGCUGCAGGGCUGGAAGAUGGGCUUUGCUGGGAUCUUAGUUGAUUCUGACCCCAGAACAUUGCCUCAUCUUCAGGAGGUUCUGACCUGUGUGGUAAUGCUGGGUACUUUGUUAGGAGGUAAACAAAUUGCCACAGGGUUAGUGGCUUAAAGCAACCCUCAUCUAUUCAUGGUUUUGUGGCCACAGUUUGACUGGGUCAGCCCCUAGGUUUCAGAGAUACUACAGGGGUGCAGUCAGGUCUUUGGCUAGGGACUUACUGUCUGCUCCCAAGUUCACUUGAUUUUUCCAGAAUAUUGGUUCCUUGGAGAUUGCUAAGCCACCUGCUGAUGCUAUGGUAGAGAUCCCCUCAGCUCCUUACCACAGGAACCCAGCAGCAUAGGAACACUCGCUAUGAGAGAAAGGUCUGGAGCUCACUAACCUAUGUAGCCCCCCCACAGGAAUGACAUCACCUUUGCUGGAUUCGGUUUAGAAGCUGGUCUCUAAGCCAGCCCAUGGAAGGGAAGGAAUUACACAAGAGCACAGAGAGCACAAGACAGAGAUCCUUGUCAUAAUGAGACAGAGAAAGUAACCAAUUUUGGGUAUAAGAAGUGUCAAGCCGGGCAGUGGUAGUGCACGCCUUUAAUCCCAGCACUCGGGAGGCAGAGGCAGGAGGAUUUCUGAGUUCGAGGCCAGCCUGGUCUACAGAGUGAGUUCCAGGACAGCCAGGGCUACACAGAGAAACCCUGUCAAAAGAAGUAUCAAAAGAUGAUUGUUUGGAUAGUGUUGAUGCCACAGACUUGGACUUGACAUUCAGCAUUGGCAAAAUAACCUCCUGGCUACUUUCCACUCCCCUGUCUUUCUCACUCCCUGUGACUCACAGUCAUCAGGCUGAGCCACUGAAAAUGUAGAUUACGCCCACUUUUGACAUUUCCAACAGUGAGCUGCACCUGGAGAGAAACUUCCUAUUCAGGAAGAUGUACUUCCUGCACUGGCCACCAGGCAGUGCCAGUGCUCCUUCCUGGAUAGUGUGAUUGCCUGGCUGAGUGAUGGCUGUUGAUUAAUAAUGCCUGGUGGUUCUGGAUACAGGAUUCAGAUAGGGGGAAUUAGGACUUAGUAUAUAUAGCACAUCAGCUGCUCAUCCCUCUGUCCUGGCUGAGCACUAAGUGCCUCCUCAUUUCCAGGUUCUAGAGGAUAAUCUCAGGGUAGGACAGGGCCUUGUUUGUUUGUUUGGGAUAGAGUUUCUGGUUUGGUCUGGUUUGGUUUUUUUUUUUUUUUUUCCGAGGCAGGGUUUCUCUUUGUAUCCCUGACUGCCUUGGAAUUCACUCUGUAGACCAGGCUGGCCAUGAGCUCAUAGAGAUCCACCUGCCUCUGUCUCCUGAGUGCUAGGAUUGAUGGUGUAAGUCACCGCAGCCUGGCUGCAGGGCCUUAUUUCAAAGAAGCAAAGUCUGCUGGGGGAGAAGCUAGCCAUAGCAUGGUAUAAGGGCUUCGUGGAGGUCGUGUAGGCACUGAGAAUAUGGGAAGGCUUGGAAGGUUCUAUUCUGUGUAUAGGAAGCCUGUCUUUGGGGACCAGGGAGGGUUCUUUUUGGUUGAAAUGUAUUGGAUAUGCCUUUUAACCUCAUCAGACAAAGGAAUCUUGGUCUUUACAAGGAGUUGUGGUAAGACUCUUCUGGGUAGGAAAUUCUAACAGCUAAAGAGGUGGAUGGAGGAGGAAAAGACGCAGCUGACAAAAAUAACAAGAAGGGCAUUGAUAGCCACCCGAUCCGUGUGGAGGUACAGCGGCUGAAGUGAGCCCUGGCCGGGGUGAUGGCAGCCGGACCAAGGUCUGUACCACUGGCCUUCAAGAAGCCAUGUCUCAUCCAGCAGGAGGCAGUGAGGAUCUGGACUGAGCUAGCAGUACUGGAGUUCGAGAUGACAGAUUGUGUCAGCUGUACAGUGUUAUCUGUGUUAUCUCUGCAAUUUCGGUCCUAAAAGUCAGUGUCCUGUUGUUUUGUUUUCUUGGGAGGUUACGUGUGGGUGCCCAUAGAGGGAUUCUUCUCUGCAAGAGCACUAAGCACUCUUAGCCGCUGAGUCAUCUUUCUAGCCCGUUUGCUUUGUUUGGGCUUUUUACCUUAGAGCUGUGUGAUGGUGUGGCUUAGAGUGAGCACCGUCUGGCUUGAUGAUGCCCGUGUAGCAUUCUGAAGGCUGAUGGACGGCCACCCUGUUAGCUAGUAGAAUGUGAGGAGAUAAGCCAGAGGAAGACUCUAAACUGGUUCUUGAAUGUCUGGCUCGAGUGUGUUUACCCGCUCAACAGAAUGUGGAAGAGAAGGACACUGUUGUGGGUGUGCACCAGAGAAGACUGCUCAGACACGGGCUAAGCCAACAGAAAGGCUCCUUAUCAGCUAUUUAUUAGCUGGUUGAUGACUCCACUGGGUCUUCAGGAUCCCAGUGUAGCAUUGAGCCUUUCUCAGGGGGAGCUUCUAAGCACAAAAACAAUGUCCUGGUUUGACAUACUUCAGUUAGCAAGAACAUUUAGCCAGAAGCAGAAGCAAGAAAGCAAGGUUAGUGCAUUUAGAGAUUUUCCCCAGAACUGUGGCUUUUGAUGGAUUAGGUCUUUGUUUUAGUGUUGGCGGGUGCUGCUGUCCACGUGCUGAGUUUUACAGCCUGAAUGGCACGUCCACCAUGGAGUCAGUUGUGCUAAGGUCUGGGGCCCUGUUAUAGACAUUCUGAUAUCUUUUAACAUAAUUAGUGACCUAUAUUUUACUUCAAGAAUCAACCUUGGGACUGGAGAGAUGGCUCAGUGGUUAAGAGCACCUACUGCUCUUCCGAAGGUCCUGAGUUCAAAUCCCAGCAACCACAUGGUGGCUAACAACCAUCCGUAAUGAGAUCUGAUGCCCUCUUCUGGUGCAUCUGAAGACAGCUACAGUGUACUUAGAUAUAAUAAUAAAUAAAUCUUAAAAAAAAAAAAAAAAGAAUCAACCUUGCUGGCUCUGCCGGGCUCACUGGAUGUAACCACUGACAGAGCCCCCUUUCCACCCCUAGGACCGAGGAGGAGGCCUAACUUUGUAUUUACCUUUCCAAGUUAUUCGGUCUAUAGGUAAGGAGAUAGUGUGUCUAGGGAACUUUUUAUUCGAUCUAAUGUCCCCUUAAUCUGAUUUUAAUCUCCAUGUGGUCCAUCACCCAGGAGGUCUGAGUGGGAGCAUUUUCAGUUCAGAAAGUGGCUCGUGGCUAUUCAGAUAGCAGUGGUAAGGUUGGGUUUAAACAAAACUGUGUUUGCUUUGGGGCAAGCCAUAACAUGUCAUAUCUACCUCCAUCCAUGUGUUACCUCGGUCAUACUACCUCGGUCAAGUCUUAGCAGAUAGUUCUAGAGCUCUACAGAGUGGCAUACAAAGUGAGUAUGGCUAGUGUGGGGUGCCGGUCUCCAGUGCACACCUGUACUGCACCUGGAAAGCUGAGGCAGAAGUCUGGAUGCCAGUUUCAGGCCAGCAAGAGAGACUGUGUCUCAAAAAAAAAAAAAAAAAGGUGUGUCUGUGGCAGUGGUGGUGGUUGCUGGGGAGAUAGGCAGUAAAAUACUUGCUGCAUAAACAAGACCUGAGUUUGACCCUCAGCACCCACAUUUAAACCUGGUCUUCCAUGCUUGUAACCUCAGAGUUGGUAGGGCAGAGUUCACUGGCCAGCCUAGUGUAGUUGGUGAGUCCCAGGCUCCAAAGAGAGACCCUGUUUCAAAAACACAAGGCGCACAGCCUUUCUAAGAAUGUGUACACACCCAGCCUCCAAAAUCAAAUAAAUAAAGCAGGGUGAGAAUGAGCUACUGUGGGAGUGGCUCACUUAGUGUUAGUGAUUGGCACAGAGCGGAGGUUAGCCAAGGCCAGAGAAGUAUACUAUUCCUAAGCAACUGAGCCCAUGUGUCUGGCAUUAAAGCCCAUGUGAAAUGUGUCUGCAGAAGGUAAAGUUUGCUUCUGGAGUUGGGAGGAAGGAGCCACUGAGUGCCUGGAGAAAUGGGACUUGUACCGUCAUGAGCAGAUUUGAUUGAUGGGUCACUCACUACUUGAAUGCAUUUGUCCACAUCUUGAUUAGGAUGUUCUAUCCUCAUCUCUCCCACUUCACCCUUUCUGAAUCCAAAGCUCUUCCAGGGUCAGUGUCUUGGCACUCUCUCCUGCAUGCUCCAACCCACUCCCAGGGUUUUAGCCUCCCUGAGCUGCUAACUCAUACAUAUUUCUAGCUCUGACCUGUACUCAAGUUAAUGCAUGUUUGACCUGUGUCUGUAUUUGACAUACAAAUACUACUUGGCUCAUUCAUUACAAACUUAGUAUGUCUAAAAUAACUCUGAAUUUGCCCCCGAAACAUUUCACAUCCUCUGUGUUCUCGUCAUCGUCUGUCUCACACUGUUACUUAGCUCAGAAACACUAAGCAUCCUACAGCACACAGCCAGGUCUAACCCCAGUCGGCCCUGCCCUCAGAACAGCACACAGCCAGGUCUAACCCCAGUCGGCCCUGCCCUCAGAACAGCACACAGCCAGGUCUAACCCCAGUCGGCCCUGCCCUCAGAACAGCACACAGCCAGGUCUAACCCCAGUCGGCCCUGCCCUCAGAACACAGCACACAGCCAGGUCUAACCCCAGUCGGCCCUGCCCUCAGAACACAGCACACAGCCAGGUCUAAUCCCUCAUCACUUCCACCCUUUUUUCUUGGUUCAGUUCACCUAUGUCUCAACCUUAGGCAGUAGAUUCCUGUAGGCCUCCUCGAUUCCUUCCCUACACUUGAGUGUCACCAUGGAGACCAUUAGCAACAUCCUUUAACACAUCCCAAGGCUCUGUGUGAGCCUCCAUGGAGACAGUAGAGGGCAGUGGUUUGGUGUUGGCUGCAUUUGUAGCGUACUCUUGGCCCCAACCAAUUCUUUAGUUUUCAGACACCCAUGUCCGACUUCUGUUGUUAAAUCCAUCUGUAACUUGAUGUUUUUCCACCUGUCCACUCACUUUGUUCACAGAAAUAAUGACUCUGAGACUUAAUAUUUCAUGAAUAAAUACCUCGGCCAAAA